AUGACGAAGGGCGUGUCGGACUUGUCGAAGGCGAAGCGCGUGCAGAUGAUGAACGAGGCGCGGCUGAUGCGAUAUUUGGGCCAUCCAAACGUCAUCCGCAUGUACGGCAUCGGCGUCCUCCGGCAGCCCCUCCUCAUCGUCCUCGAGCUGGCCUCCUCCGGCGGGUUGGACAGCUACAUGCGAAAGAACGAUGGCCGCACCCCUGUCGAGCUGAAGGCCCAAUUCGCCCUCGACGCCGCCGCCGGCAUCGAAUUUCUCCACCUGAAGCACAUUUUGCAUCGCGACCUCGCCUCCCGGAAUUGCCUCGUCCACAAGGAGCCCGGGCAGCGGCCCGUCGCCAAGAUCUCUGAUUUUGGGCUGUCCCGCCACGGGGAUCUGUACGCCCUGAAAGUGACGUCGAAGAUGCCGAUCAAAUGGCUCGCCCCGGAAGUGCUGAAGACGCUGACCUUCUCCCACAAGACGGACAUUUGGUCGUACGGCAUCGUCGUCUACGAGAUCUUCUCCGACGGCAAGGAACCGUGGCCGGGGAUGAAGAACGGCGAGGUGCGCAAACAGCUGCUCGACGGCAAGACGUUCGACUUUGACUGCGCGCCGCCGAAUUUGCGCCUGUUCAUCCGCGAGCACCUGUGGCACCAGAAUCCGGACAAGCGCCCGUCGAUGGCCGAGGUGACCGGCUGGAUGGAGAAGUUUGCGCAGACGAAGAAGUUCGAGCCGCGCGCCGAGGAUGCCCUCCACCAGGGCGAGGAGAUCGAGCCCGGGAGCAAGAGCGCCUACGCCCCGCCCCCCGAGCCGGAGGCUCGUACUCCCCGCACAGCCACCUCGAAGGGCCCUCCAAGUGGCCGUACCUCAUCGGCGUGCUCAUCCGCUUCCAUCUCGAACACGUCGGCCUACGUCCAAAUGCCCCACGUUCAUCACCAUAAGAAA